AUGACGACCGAUAUAGCCGUGCGAGGUCACGAUUAUAAUGGUCGGAUCGAGGAUUACGAGGAGUACGACGAGAAUUCUUCUGCCAGACUCUUCGAGCGUUCGCGCAUCAAAGCUCUUGCUGAUGAGCGUGAAAAUGUUCAGAAGAAAACUUUUACCAAAUGGGUUAAUUCACAUCUUUUGCCGGUGAAUUGCAAAAUACACGAUUUAUACAUGGAUAUGCGUGAUGGCAAGAUGCUCAUCAGACUUCUCGAGGUGCUCUCUGGCGAGCGCUUGCCAAAACCAACUCGUGGUAGAAUGCGUAUACAUUGUCUUGAAAACGUGGACAAAGGGUUGCAGUUUUUGCGCGACCAGCAUGUUCAUCUGGAGAAUCUCGGGUCACAUGAUGUUGUAGAUGGUAACCCCCGACUAACAUUGGGUCUUAUCUGGACCAUUAUUUUACGAUUUCAGAUUCAAGAUAUUACAUUCGAAGAUGCAGACAACCAAGAGACACGCAGUGCUAAAGAGGCUUUAUUACUAUGGUGUCAAAUGAAGACAGCUGGUUAUCCGAAUGUAAACGUCCGGAACUUCAGUACUUCAUGGCGUGAUGGCUUGGCAUUCAAUGCACUUAUUCAUAAACAUCGUCCCGAUCUCAUAGAAUAUGAAAAGUUGCAAAAAUCCAAUGCACUUUACAACCUGAGUAACGCAUUCGAAAUAGCUGAGCAACAACUUGGAUUGAUCAAAUUCUUAGACCCUGAAGAUGUGAAUAUCGACAUGCCUGAUGAGAAAUCAAUCAUCACUUAUGUCGUGACGUACUAUCAUUAUUUCAAUAAAAUGAAGCAAGAAACUAUCCAGGGAAAAAGAAUUGGGAAGGUUGUGAAUGAAUUGGUGGAGAAUGAAAAGCUGAUAAAUAAUUAUGAGCGUUUAUCGAGCGACUUACUGGAAUGGAUUCGACAAACUAUUGAAUCACUGAAUGAUCGUCAUUUUGUCAAUUCGCUGAACGGUGUACAGAAACAGCUUGCUGAGUUUAACAAUUAUCGCACGCAAGAAAAACCGCCGAAGUUCAAUGAAAAAGGUGAAUUAGAAGUACUUCUUUUCACUAUUCGUAGUCGUAUGCGUGCCAACAAUCAGAGACCAUAUUUGCCAAGGGAUGGCAAACUAAUCGCAGACAUCAAUCGAGCUUGGGAGAAUUUGGAAAGAGCAGAACAUGAAAGGGAACUGGCACUGAAAGAGGAAAUUAUUAGGCAAGAGAAACUUGAGCAACUGGCAGCUCGAUUCGACCGCAAGGCGAGCAUGCGAGAAACAUGGCUUAGCGAAAAUCAGCGACUUGUUAGUCAGGAUAACUUUGGCACUGAUUUGGCUAGUGUAGAGGCGGCAACAAAAAAACAUGAAGCAAUAGAGACAGACAUUUAUGCAUAUGAAGAACGUGUACAAGCGGUUGUUGCUGUUGCUGGUGAAUUGGAAGCUGAAAAUUAUCAUGAUAUUGACCGAAUUAAUGACAGAAAAGAGAAUGUGCUACGAUUGUGGAAUUACCUUCUUGAAUUAUUGUUGGCACGCCGUGUUCGUUUGGAACUUUCUAUGGCAGUUCAGCGAAUUUUCCAUGAAAUGGUCUAUGUUUUGGAUUGGUGUGAUGAAAUCAAGGUUCGUCUUUUAUCUGAAGACCUGGGUCAGCAUCUUAUGGAUGUCGAAGACUUACUGCAGAAGCAUUCACUUUUGGAAUCAGAUAUCAAUAUCGUUGGCAACCGUGUUAAAAAUGUGAAUAGUCAAGCAGAAAAAUUUGCUUUACCAAAUGGUCCGGAUGGUAGUGGUUACAAACCAGUGGAACCGUCAUUAGUUGAAGAGAGAAUGCAGAUUUUGUUGGAUCGUUAUGCAGAGCUAAACGAAUUAGCAGUGGAACGCAAGCGUCGUUUGGAGGAUAAUAAACGUUUAUGUCAAUUUUGGUGGGAUGUUGAUGAAUUGGAGCAUAACUUAAAAGAUAUGGAACAAGUACUCACUUCACCAGAUACUGGUCGUGACAUGGUUUCCGUGUCACUGCUACUAGCUAAACACAAAAAUGCUGAACAGUCACUUGAUAUAGUUGGUAAACGACUGGACGAUCUCGAAAAUGAGGGGCAGCAGUUGCAGGAAGAGAAGAUUCCAGGUGCGGAAGCUAUAAAUAGUCGCUUGGCUACAAUUCGUGAUUAUUUCAAUAAGCUGAAAGAGUUGGCUGCAGAACGUCAUGUACGACUUUCCGGAGGUGUCAAUUACUAUCAGUUCUUCAACGAUGCUGACGACGUUGACGCAUAUCUUGUUGACACUCUUCGUUUGGUGGGUAGUGAAGAUGUUGGGAAAGAUGAGGGUACCGUGCAAUUACUUAUCAAGAAGCAUGACGAUGUUAGCGAUGAUUUACUUAAAUUCGAAGAAAAUAUCAAACAGUUGCAUAUGCAGGCAGAAUCUUUACCGCCUGAGGCUCGUGAACACCCAGACGUAAGAAGACGUCUUGAUAUGACUGAAAGACGAAAGGCAGAAUUGGAAGAACUUGCGCGACUUAGAAAGCAACGUUUGCUGGAUGCAUUGUCUUUAUACAAAUUGUUCAGUGAUGCAGAUAUUAUUGAAGCAUGGAUUGAUGAGAAAGGCAAAUUGUUAGCAACACUAGUACCAACUGAUGAUUUGGAAGAAGUCGAAAUCAUGAAACAUCGUUUCGAAACCCUUGAAGCUGAUAUGAACAAUCAGGCAGCUAAGGUUGCUACUGUAAACGAACUUGCACGUCAACUUCUUCAUGUUGAUCAUCCAAAUUCAGAUGAAAUUUUGCAAAGGCAGAAUAAGCUCAAUGCGAGAUGGGCGCAACUGCGUGAUAUGGUUGAUCAGAAAAGAUCUGAACUUGAUCAAGCACAUCGUUUGGAAACAUUCCGUAUCGACUGCCAAGAAACAGUUUCCUGGAUUGAAGACAAAACCCGGGUACUUGAAGAUGCUGACGAACUUACCAAUGACCUCACCGGUGUUAUGAAACUUCAGCGCCGUUUGUCUAUGAUGGAGCGCGACCUCGGUGCUAUUCAGGCUAAACUAGAUUCACUGCAAAAAGAAGCCUCGGAAAUUGAGAAGGAAAAACCUGCAGAUGCAGCACAGAUACGAGAAGAUAUCAAGCGAAUACAUAUAGCUUGGGAUAUACUCAACAGACGUGUGCGGGAGCAUGAAGCAAAACUUGAUGAAGCUGGUGAUUUGCAACGAUUCCUUCGUGACCUGGAUCAUUUUCAAGCUUGGUUAACUGCUACACAAAGACAAGUUGCUUCAGAAGACGAACCACAAUCUCUGGCUGAUGCUGAACAAUUGCUUAAUCAGCAUGCAGCAAUUCGGGAAGAAAUUGAUGGCUAUGCGGAAGAUUAUGUUAAAAUGCGAGCAAUGGGUGAUCGAGUAACGCAAGAUCAGACGGACCCACAGUAUAUGUUCUUACGUCAACGCCUUGUUGGACUAGAAGAAGGUUGGGAAGAAUUACAACGAAUGUGGGAUAAUCGGCAGCAUCUCCUUAGUCAAGGACUUAAUUUGCAGAUGUUUCUCCGUGAUGCAAAACAAGCUGAAGUUAUGCUUUCACAACAAGAAAAUUAUUUAUCAAAAGAUGAAACACCGACUUCAUUGGAACAGGCUGAAAAUAUGCUCAAGAGACAUCAAGACUUUUUGACAACCAUGGAUGCUAACGAUGAAAAAAUUAAGGCAGUUGUAUCUUUUGGCGACCAACUUUGUAGUGAUGGCCAUUAUUCAGCUGAUAAAAUUCAUAAGAAAGCUCGAAAUAUAGAAGAACGUCGCGAAGCCAAUCGCGAAAAAGCUGUACUGUCAUUUAAUAAACUCAAGGAUUCCCUUGCAUUACAACAGUUCUUGUCGGAUUGUGAAGAACUGCGGGAAUGGAUUGAAGAAAAGAUGAUUCGUGCACAAGAUGAAACUUACAGAGAUGCCAAAACAAUAACGUCGAAAUUCAUGCGCCAUCAGGCAUUCCAAUCAGAGCUGCAAUCGAAUCGUGAACGACUCGUACAGCUUCGUCAUGCAGCAGUUAGACUGGCUGAGGAAAAGCCAGAGUUUCUUGGCACUAUUGAUCCACAGAUUGCUGAUUUGUCAAUACAGUGGGAGCAACUCGAGAAAACUACAGAAGAAAAAGGACAGAAGUUGUUCGAUGCCAAUCGACAACAGCUUUAUGUACAAAGUAUAUCAGAUAUGAAGAUUAUAUAUAUGUACAGAUGUUCUUUCUAUAUGUUUUUGACAAUCGUUUCAUUUUGGGACUGGGCCGAACAACUUCAACAACAAAUGACAGUUGAAGAUACAGGGCAGGAUUUGACAACAGUUAAUGUUGCCAUGCAGAAGCAGCAGAUGAUUGAAAGUGAAAUGGUGAAACGAGCCGCACAAAUAGAUUCACUGCAGCAAAUGGAACCACAGCUUGAAGAAAUGCAUCCAGAAGAAGUGGAAGCAAUUAAAGCGCAUCGUCUGGCCGUACAGGAACAACUACAACGAUUACAAGCGCCACUCGAUGAUCGACGUCGUCAAUUAGAACGCAAAAAAAGAGCCUACCAGUUUUUGCGUGAUGUUGAAGAUGAAAAACUAUGGUGUGCAGAGCGAUUACCAUUGACACAAGCGCAAGAGAUUGGUGAAAAUCUGUUCGACUGUAAUCGUCUGCAGAAAAAAAUGCAAUCAUUGAAGCAUGAAAUUGAUAACCACGAGCUAUGGAUCCAGAAAAUCUGCCAAAAUGGUCGUGAAAUGAUUGAUGAAGGCCAUGAACAUAGAUCAGAAUUUCAGCAAAAAAUUGAUGAAUUGAUGAAAAUUUGGCAGAACUUGAAAGAUUGUUUGGAUACACGCAAAGAACAUUUAGCGGAGAGCGAAAGGGCACACCAGUUUCUGUACGAUUGCAAUGAAGCAGAAGCAUGGAUGAGUGAGCAGGAGCUUUAUAUGAUGCAGGAUGAACGUGGUAAAGAUGAAUUCUCAACAGAAAAUCAAAUUAAAAACCAUGAACGUUUACAACAAGACAUCAAUCAGUAUGCAGAUACUAUUCGAAAUCUGGCUACACAAGCUCAAAAAUUCGUUGAUGAAAAACGUCCUUUGUGGGAGCAUAUUAAUGUUCGGCAAGCUCAAAUCGAAAAGUUAUACGCAGGGUUACAAGAUUUGUGCAAAGAGAGGCGAAAACGUUUGGAUGAAACAUUACAGUUGUAUGAGCUUCAUCGAGAAAUUGAUGAUUUAUUACAAUGGAUCGCGGACAAAGAACUGGUCGCUGGUUCUCAAGAACCAGGACAAGACUACGAACAUGUGCAAAUGCUUAUUGAACGUUUCUUACAAUUUGCUCGAGAUACCGAGAAUAUUGGGUUAGACAGGGUAGCAAAUGCAAAUGAUGCAUGCGAUCAUUUAAUCGCUAUUGGACAUUCGGAUGCUCCAACAGUUGCUCUAUGGAAAGAUAGCCUGAACGAAGCAUGGGAAAAUUUGCUUGAACUAAUCGAUACGCGAAUGCAAAUGCUGGAAGCAUCGAGAAUGCUUCACAAAUUUUUCCAUGAUUGUCGUGAUUGUUUAUCUCGGAUUUUGGAGAAAAAUCAUUCGAUACCUGAAGAUCUUGGUCGCGAUUCAUCUUCAGUUGGUGCACUGAAACGAAAACAUCAAAAUUUCCUUAAAGAUAUCGAGGCUAUAGGUCAGCAAGUUGCGCAAAUCGAGCGCGAUGCAUUGGAAUUGCGUGAUGCUUAUGCUGGAGACCGAGCAAUCGAGAUAGGUGCACGUGAAGCAGAAGUGCAAAAAGCGUGGAGACAACUACGUGCAGUGUGUGAUGCGCGUUCGAUAAGACUAGGUGAUACAUCAGAUCUGUUUCGAUUCAUGAUCAUGGUCCGAGAUUUGUUGCUGUGGAUGAACGAAGUUAAGCGAGAGAUGACAUCACAAGAAAGACCGAAGGAUGUAUCUGGUGUUGAAUUAUUGAUGAAUAAUCACCAGAGCUUGAAGGCCGAAAUUGAUGCACGUGAAGAGAAUUUUAACGCAUGCAUAUCACUGGGUCGAGAUCUUUUGAAUCGUAAACAUUACGCAUCAUCUGAAAUUGAAAAGAAAUUAAUUAAGCUAACAACAGAACGGGCUGAAAUGAUGCGACGAUGGGAGGAUCGUUGGGAAUAUUUGCAGCUAAUCCUGGAAGUAUAUCAGUUUGCAAGAGAUGCGGCAGUAGCUGAAAGUUGGUUAAUGGCGCAGGAACCAUAUCUUGUUUCGAAAGAAUAUGGGCGGAAUCUGGAAGAGACAAUAAAGCUAAUUAAAAAACAUGAAGCUUUCGAGAAGUCAGCUAAUGCGCAAGAGGAACGUUUCUUAGCACUGGAAAAAUUAACAACGUUUGAAUUGAAAGAGAUGCAAAGGCGAGAUAUGGAGGAGGUGGAACGUCGUGCACUCAGCGGGCCGAGUGGUGAUGUACGCCGUGGAACGCUACAGCGAACAUCAACUGCAGCAGCAGGCGAACGACCUGCAGAAGUUGCAUUACCAAUGGAAAGAGGGCCACAGACAUCUGAUGAUUUUGGUGACGAAAAUUUGCACGACACAACUAUGAGUAGCUGUGAUAGUGGUACAUUACUGCAAAAAACCAGAUAUAUUGCUGAACGUAAUAGUCGAUUAAUGGCAUCAGAAUCAUUUGGUUGGCGGUUGUCAUUGUCAAGAUCGGCUCGUUUUGAUAUACACGAUUUACGGGGGGUUGAUGUGGGCGGUGCUUUUGAAGGUGUGUUAAUCAGGAAGCAUACAUAUGAAUCCUUGGACCGCAAAGCAUCAAGCAGGUCAUGGGAAAAAGUAUACGCAGUAUUACGCGGAUCACAAUUGGCAUUUUUCAAGGACCAGAAACACAUGGAGGAAAAUAUACUGUUUCACGCGGAGGAACCGUUAAAUUUGGAAGGCUGUUCAGUUAGUGUCGCAGCGGAAUAUACGAAAAAGAAAAAUGUUUUAUCACUGAAAUCUCCUACUGGAGCGGAGUAUCUGCUGCAAACUGCCAGCGAUGAAGACAUGGAACGAUGGUUGCGACGAUUACAGCUUGCUACAGGACAAUCGCAGGAAGAAGUAGUAGCUCGUUCGCAAACAUUGCCAGUUGAAGGGUCUACCAAAGCAAAAAAAGGCUUCUUUAGUCGAGGAAAGAAAUGA